AUGGCAGACGAUGAAGCCGAGGCUGCCUUCUUCCAGGCUCAGGCCUUGACGACUGAGUCGCAUGGCCCCGCCGAGGAGGAGGCCGAAAACUCCGAUUCAGAUGAUUACGACCCGUCCCAGCCAUUGGGCGAGCAGUUUGCGACCUCGUUCGCCAACACUCAGCAAGCCGAGGAUACCACUGCCGAUAAAAAUUCUCUGAAUGACACCGCCAAUGCUGACUCUAAUGGGCCCACCGCAUCGAACACCGAAGCUGCUCAAGACAGCGACGCCCUUGGUCCUUCUCAGAACCCCUCUCGUGCUGGGUCUCAGACAGCGACGCCUGUACCACCAGCCGAGGGUGAAGCACAGCCCCAGGCCCCAGCGGAUGACGCGACUCGGGUCGAAGAGGACGAGGAUGACGAGGGAGAUGCGGAUUAUGAGCCACCAGCUGUACUUGAGGGCGAGGAAGAAAAUGCUAUUCCCAUGAAAAUGUCUGAAGAUCCCAGUUCAGGAAAUGCAAUUCAAAACACUUCCACCCUUGAUGUAUCAUCACACCAAGCUGAGCAGGCACCUGCCAGUGGGCCAGAUCUUUUCAAUAGUUCUUACUCUCCUGCUCGUGUUUCUAAUAUUGAUCUUUCUUCUGUUUCUGGCCAAGCUCAGUGGGCUGCCCAUGAUUUGAACCCCGCGGACAUGCAGAAUAGCAUUGAUCCUACCCCUGUACCUCAGUCCCCUUCUGCACAGGGCCGUCUGGCCCACGAUCGGGUGGGAAUCCUGCAAGACCGCAUUGAGCAAGAUCCUCGAGGUGAUAUCCCCGCGUGGUUGGAUCUAAUCGCAGAGCACAGAAGCCGCAACAGACUCGACAGCGCUCGCGAAACCUACGAGAGCUUCCUGAAAGUCUUUCCUAUGGCUGCUGAUCAAUGGGUGGCAUAUGCCAGCAUGGAAUCUGAGCUCAAUGAACUUUUCCGCUUGGAACAGAUCUUCAACCGAACGCUGUUGACGAUUCCCAGCGUCCAUCUCUGGUCUGUGUACCUGGAUUAUGUCCGCCGCCGGAAUCCACUCAGCACAGAUGCCUCUGGACAGGCAAGGAAAACCAUCUCAUCGGCGUAUGACCUCGCCAUUCAAUAUGUCGGCAUGGACAAGGACUCCGGAAACAUCUGGACGGACUACAUUGAAUUCAUCCGUUCCGGACCAGGCAGCGUUGGGGGCUCCGGGUGGCAGGAUCAACAAAAGAUGGAUUUGCUCCGAAAGGCCUACCAGCGUGCCAUAAGCGUUCCCACUCAAGCCGUCAAUACCCUGUGGAAGGAAUAUGAUCAAUUCGAGAUGGGCUUGAACAAGCUCACGGGCCGGAAAUUCCUGCAGGAACACUCGCCAUCCUACAUGACUGCGCGCAGCUCUUACACCGAAUUGUUCAACAUCACGCGUGAUCUCAUCCGCACGUCGCUCCCAUCGAUGCCCCCAAUGCCUGGCGCCGAAGGGGACACCGAAUAUGCGGCACAGGCUGAGAUCUGGAAACGCUGGCUUGCAUGGGAAAAAGAAGAUCCUUUGGUGCUUAAAGAGGAGGACCCUGCAGCAUUCAAAUCGCGCGUGGUCUAUUUCUAUAAGCAGGCACUGAUGGCACUAAGCUUUUUACCGGAGAUCUGGUUUGACGCUGCCGAGUUCUGCUUCUUGAACGACAUGGAAAAUGACGGCAACGAGUUUUUGAAACAAGGCAUUGAGGCGAACCCCGAAAGCUGUCUUUUGACAUUCAAGCGAGCAGACAGACUGGAAGUCACUUCUGAAACCGAGCAAGACUCUGCCAAGCGUGCGGCUAAGGUCCGGGAGCCUUAUGACAAGGUGCUUGAUGCACUUUACGAGUUGAUCAACAAGGCUCGCGACCGGGAGACGCAGGACGUUGCUCGCAUCGAAGAGAACUUCGCCCCUAAGCCAAGUGAAGUUCAACCUGAAAAUGAAGAUGAACCUGAUCUCGAGGCAAAGGAAAGGGAAUCAGCGAAAGCGGCACAGAUUGAUGCGGUUCGCAAGGCUCAUUCCGGUCACAUCAACACACUUUCCAAGACUCUCUCCUUCGCUUGGAUCUCAUUAAUGCGCUCUAUGCGUCGAAUCCAGGGCAAGGGCAAGCCUGGUGAACUAGCGGGCUCCCGGCAGAUUUUCGCAGAAGCCCGAAAGCGCGGUCGGAUCACAAGUGACGUUUACAUCGCCAGCGCUCUCAUGGAGUAUCAUUGCUACAAAGACCCCGCUGCAACAAAGAUCUUCGAAAGAGGUGCCAAACUGUUCCCAGAAGAUGAGAACUUUGCACUCGAAUAUUUGAAACAUCUGCUUGACAUCAAUGAUGUCAUCAAUGCUAGAGCGGUAUUUGAGACCACUGUGAGGAAAUUGGCAUCGAACCCUGAGAGUGUUCACAAGGCUAAGCCUAUAUUCUCCUUCCUUCACGGAUAUGAGUCUCGAUACGGUGAUCUCACCCAAGUGAUCAAUUUGGAGGCUCGUAUGCGUGAGCUCUAUCCCGAGGACCCUACCCUGGCCCAGUUUUCCCAUCGCUACGCUAGCUCCACGUUUGAUCCUACAUCCGUCAGGCACGUCCUCUCGCCAUCUCAGACACGACAGAAAUCCAACAGUGCAGCCUACGUUCCGGUGGCACGUGGCUCUCCGGCACCAAACCACGCAGAUCCAUCGCUAAACUCACCCAAGAGAGCGUAUCCCACGGAUGAUUAUGAUGAUGACAGCCGCCCACGCAAGUUCGCCCGUGCGGAAUCCCCCAUGAAGGGAGGCCAGCCUCGACGCCUUGAUCAGCCAAAACGGGUGCAGCAGCUGAAUGGCCAAAAUACCUCCUACAAACCCCAAGGAUCUCCGGCUCCUCUGCCUCGCGAAGUUGUCACUCUUUUGAGCAUCAUUCCCCCCGCUCACUCAUAUAAUAUCAGCCGCCUUUCUCCCGAGAAAAUGAUUGAGCUUCUUCACCACGUUAAUAUCCCCACCCAAGCUCCGCAGCCCUCAAAUCCCGGUGGAGGAAUGUCAUACUCUGGCUCCUACCGUUGA